GGUUGGAGGGGGAAAUCAUAACCUCUACAUGGAAACUCUCUAUUGGAGAUUAUCAAAAUGGCGUGUUACGGUAGUUGAACGAAUAGUUUGGAUCAUAUUUUGGUGUCGUAUAGUGCUAAAUUCUUCGUUGUCAAAAUUCUUAUAUGUAGAAAAUUCAAUUCUCCUGUCGCGAGAAUUAUUGAGGUAAAAAAGGAAAAGGAAUAUUAUGACACUAUUUUCGCGGAUCUCAUCGUAGGUAGUUUUGUUUCAUCUCGUAUUGCAAGGUACAAACUCGAUAAUGCAGGAAAUCCUUCUGGCAGCAUUCUCCGUGAUAUCGAGUCUACUGAUCGUAUUUGGCCUCGUAUUAUUGGGCUGGUACUUAGUUUGGAAGUUCUUCCUUUCACGAUUCCGAUUUGUUCGUGAAUUACUCGGUGGAAUGAGCGAGUCUUCAUCGGUCAAUGAUUUGAAGAAUGGUCGAUCUCGUAUAAAGAAAGUUCGUCGUGAUUAAGUUCUACAUUGUGUUCCAUUGUAAAAGAAUCGGCUGGUGAAAAAAAGAAAAAAGAAAGAAAAAAAAAAGAAAAAGGAAAAAGAAAAGAAAAAUAAACCUUCUACAAGAAAAGUAUUAAUCAGGAUUAUCUAAUCUGGAAUCGCAUUCAAAGAGAAAACAUCAAAAUGUCUAUAAAUAUACGCUGUGCAAACACGGAUGAUUUAUUGAACAUACAACAUUGCAAUUUGCAAUGUUUACCUGAAAAUUAUCAAAUGAAAUAUUACCUAUAUCAUGCUUUAUCUUGGCCACAAUUAAGUUACGUAGCAGAAGAUGAAAAAGGAAGGAUAGUGGGAUAUGUUCUGGCCAAGAUGGAAGAAGAUUGUGAAGAUAAUCCACAUGGACACAUAACCAGUUUAGCUGUGAAACGAUCUCACAGAAGGCUUGGUAUUGCACAAAAACUUAUGAAUCAAGCUUCCAGAGCAAUGGUGGAGUGCUUUGGUGCAAAUUAUGUUUCAUUACAUGUACGUAGAAGCAAUCGAGCGGCUUUAAAUCUUUACAUAAGCAGUUUAAAUUUUGAGAUCUCCGAAGUCGAACCGAAAUAUUAUGCGGAUGGUGAAGAUGCGUAUGCCAUGAAGCGUGAUCUUAAAUUUUUCCAUUUGGAAAAAGAAGAAGUAUUUAAAGAUGCUUAUACGGACAUUCAUUCAGGGAGAUGCUGCGAUCAUUCAUAGUUGGAUUGGAAUAUUUAUAUAUGCUUGUAUAUAAAUUGAUCAUCGAACAAAUUGUGGUGUAUUACGUUAACAUUAACACCAUAGUAUUUUGUGUCAUUUUCAAUCAAGAAUCACACAUGGAAAAACAAAAACAAGAAAAAGAAAAAACGAAAAUGUUGAAUGGUUUAUUUUAACCGACUGAAUGUUCUACCAAUGUGUCAUGGAGAAAAUUAAAAGAAAAAAAAA